AUUGCGCCGCGACUUCGUCGGCGCCCGCAAGGCGUUCGACGAAAUGCAACGCCGCGCCGUGCGUGCCGCCCGCGCCCAUGUGGGCAUCUCCUCGACGUCGCUGUGCCAGCGCGCGGUAGACGCACCUCCCCACAUGCUUAUUUGACCCGGCAGCGGCCACCUCUGCUCCGCUUCCCGUCCAUGUUACGCCUUGGUUCCUUUUGCUUCCUCCUCCUCCCUGCCCAUUACCCUCUUUUCCCUCCACCCGACGCGUUCCUAGUCACUGUCGAGUCCGCUCGCUUUCCCGUCUCUUGUUUUUUUAUCCUGCGGGCUGGUGGGUGUGCGUUCUUGGAUCAAGAGAAACAAAUCGAGCUUUCUUUCUGCGGCCGGUGGUUCAGCUGUCGCUCGCUCAAGUGGUUGCACUCGCGCCUCAUCUUGCCAAUCGGGAUUACGGAAUUCGAGGCUCCUUUUGUGAUCUCCGCUCACUUCGAGGGCAUCGAAGGGAAGGGUGAUCUGAGCCGGUUUUGAUACAAUUGCAAAUCCCUUUUUUGAUUGAACUCCGAGUUCGUCUCGAGCUCAAGGUAACCUAACUAAUUGUGUAAGGAGAACUGCAUUGGACUUUUGUCAAAUUCAAAGUUCUCAGAGGAUUCCAGUCUAACGGACUUUUGAUCAUCCCAUAAGCUCAAGAUCAUGAGUUGGUUAAAUAAAAUAUUUAAAGGUUCAGUAAAUAGAGUUUCAAGGGGUCGCUAUGAUGGAGACUGGCAUGAAGGCCAUUCAUCGGAUCACAUCAAAGUUACGCAUGAUGAGAGUGAUAAUGAAGAUAUGGAUCGCGCUAUUGCAUUAUCACUAGCAGAGGAAGAUCAAAAUAAGGGAAAGGCUAUUGAUAAUGAUUAUAGUUUGGAGGAAGAUGAACAACUUGCACGGGCUCUGCAGGAGAGUCUGAAUACUGAGUCUCCUCCUCGACAGAAUGUUCCUGUUGAGAAUGUUCCAUCAAAUACUUUUGCAGCAAAGGAGCCACCUCCACAGGUCUUCCCAUCGAGUGGACUCAGGACUUGUGCUGGAUGCCAAAAUCCAAUUGGCCAUGGACGUUUCCUUAGUUGUAUGGGUUCAGUUUGGCAUCCUCAGUGCUUCAGGUGUUUUGCUUGCAAUAAGCCCAUAUCUGAGUACGAGUUUGCUAUGCACGAAGAUCAGCCAUACCACAGAUCCUGCUACAAAGAGUUUUUUCAUCCAAAAUGCGAUGUCUGCAACAACUUUAUUCCAACAAAUAGAAAUGGCCUCAUCGAAUACCGAGCACAUCCUUUCUGGAUGCAGAAGUACUGCCCUUUCCAUGAAGAUGAUGGAACUCCUAGGUGCUGCAGUUGUGAACGAAUGGAGCCAACGGAGACCAAGUACAUAACAUUAGAUGAUGGGAGGAAACUCUGCUUGGAAUGCCUCAAUUCUGCAAUAAUGGAUACUCCAGAAUGCCAACAUCUUUACAUGGAUAUUCAGGAAUUUUUUGAAGGUCUGAACAUGAAAGUAGAACAGCAAGUUCCAUUACUUUUGGUUGAGAGGCAGGCUCUGAAUGAAGCAAUGGAAACUGAGAAAAAUGGCCAUCACCUUCCUGAAACCAGAGGUCUAUGUCUUUCUGAAGAGCAAAUUGUCAAAACGAUCUUAAGAAGACCAACAAUUGGGCCAGGAAACAGAAUCAUAGAUAUGAUUACAGGACCAUAUAAGCUGUCUCGGUGGUGUGAAGUGACUGCAAUCCUUAUAUUAUAUGGUCUGCCAAGAUUACAAACUGGCUCCAUUCUUGCUCACGAGAUGAUGCACGCAUAUCUUCGUCUUAAAGGAUACCGAAAUCUUAGUCCUGAGGUCGAAGAAGGCAUAUGCCAAGUUCUAUCCCACAUGUGGCUAGAGUCAGAAAUCAUCCUCGGUUCUCAUGGCAAUGCCGCAUCAGCAUCGUCGUCAUCGUCGUCAGCACCCACCUCUUCGAAGAAGGGUGCAAAGACUGAAUUUGAGAAGAAGCUUGGGGCAUUCAUCAAGCACCAGAUUGAAACAGAUUCGUCUGAGGCUUAUGGAGAUGGUUUCCGAGCAGGCAACCAUGCCGUCGAAUGCUAUGGCUUGAGAAGAACCCUUGAUCAUAUUAAGAUAACAGGGUCUUUCCCCUAAUGAAGUAACUGAAGUAAAGGAGGGGCCAUUCUUCAACUUGUGAGGAUGCUGCAUAUUCUGGAGGAUUUUGGUUUAAUUUAAAUGAGACACAUACAUACGACAGGAGGAAAAUAGGCUGUAAAUUAAGAGGAGAAAGAACGAUACACAGGAGUGAAACCUGCAAAAUGUUUCUUGUUUGGGAAAUGAAAAUGAUACAUGUAAGUCUUCAUAUAGGGAGGUUCUGUAGUUGUUUCUCAGAGUGUACACAUCCUUGAAAAGAUCAAGUAAUAAGGAACAACUUUGAUGA